AUGGAGGAGAAAAACUCUCUCCCUCUCUCCGGUGCCAUGGAUUUUCGAGCUUCGCAGGGAUCAGGAUCUUCCUCACCUGUUGAGGUAACAGAGGAUACGAGCGAGAAUCAGUUGGUUCUUUACGGCUCCAAAGGGAAUAAUGACACGGAAGACGAAGUCCAAAUUAUCAGAUCUCAGCCUCCUCCUUCAUCCAAAACGCAGUGUCCUUCCAUUGGAGCGUUCACGGUGCAGUGUGCGAGCUGUUUCAAAUGGAGGCUGAUGCCGUCGAUGCAGAAGUACGAAGAGAUAAGAGAGCAGCUUCUUGAGAACCCGUUCUUCUGCGAGACGGCUUGCGAGUGGAAGCCGAACAUGUCUUGCGAUGUCCCUGCGGAUAUCUCUCAAGACGGAACACGUCUCUGGGCUAUCGAUAAGCCUAGCAUCGCUCGACCACCUAAUGGUUGGCAACGUUUGCUAAGGAUUCGAGGUGAAGGAGGUACCAAAUUCGCUGACGUGUAUUAUGUUUCUCCGUCAGGGAAGAAGCUUCGUUCAAAUAAUGAGGUCCAAAAGUACUUGAAUGACAACCCGCAAUAUAUAAAUGAAGGAGUGAAGAUUACACAGUUCUCGUUCCAGAUCCCGAAGCCUCUGCAGGAGAACUAUGUGAGGAAGCGUCCAGCUCGAGUUAUGGAAUCCAGCGAUAAUACAAGAACCCCUGUAGCUACUGCAGCUAAUCCACUGACAUGGAUAUCACCAGAUGAUCAUAUAUCGUUGCAGCUAGGUAACGGAACGGAGCCUGGACUCUAUGAUUCACCCUCGAAAAGGAUAAGAACAUCAGAGCUUGGCUCCUUUGAUGAUCUUCUAGACUGA